GUGAAUAAGAAUAAGAAGUGGAGGGAGUUGUCGUCCCUGCUGAGCGUGGGGACGUCGAGCAGCUCGGCGAGCUCUCUGAAGAAGCAGUACAUCCAGUACCUGUUCGCCUACGAGUGUAAGGUGGAGCGAGGGGAGGAGCCUCCACCUGAGGGCCCGGGGCCCGCCGGAGACGCUAAGAAACUUCUGUCCCUCCAGGCCAAGAUCCAGCCUCCGUCCCCAGCCAACUCGGGCUCCCUGCAGGGCCCCAACACCCCUCAGUCCAGCAGCAGCUCCCUGACCGAGGCCCCCGGGGACCUGAAGCCCCCGACGCCAGCCUCCACGCCACACAGCCAGAUGGGCCCCCACCCCGGAAACAGGUAGGGGAGGCGCUCAAAU